AUAUCAGAGAUUUUGAGAUCUUCCACAUCGCCAUUGUUGAUAUUAUCAAGCUGUAUUCAAACAAUGGAAAAAAGCCAAAGAGGAAGACAGGAAGAACCUCCUCAUCGAAUUUCUGAAGAAAAAUGUGAAGCUUAGCAAGGUUGAUGACACUACUACCAUGAUAACAGGAAUACUAACACCUCCAAUGGCUAUGGCUGCUAAAAGAACCGUGGAGAUUGUUCUCCAGCUGAAAAUGAUCGAGGCCAUUCUAGACAUCCUUUUCGUACCAUCAGCAGCCGUGCUGGUGCUCAUUUAUGCCUCCAACAUUAUCCACAACCGUGAUAGCGCAACCAUUUCAGACAUCCUUUUCAUAAUAUCCGAAAUGUUGGCGCUCAUUUAUGCUAAGAUCUCCAACAUGAUGACUUACAGCUGGAUAUUCCAACACCAUCCCCGUACAUCGUUAAAUAAUUCAUUCACUCAAACAUAAAGCAAGGAAAAAUUUGGUGUGAGAGACUUCAAUCAACACCAUUUUAAUAUGACAAAUAAGAAAGUUGCUGCUAAACUAAACGAUCAGAUGUCGUCUGCUCUGUAUCUUCAAAUCAGCACCAUCAGCCAGGCCUUGAUAUUUGUCACUCGCUCUCGGGGUUGGUCUUUCACCGAAAGACCUGGCUUUUUGCUUGUUAUUGCCUUCAUCGUUGCUCAACUGAUUGCGACUGUAAUAUCUGCCACUGCAACCUGGAAAUUUGCUAACAUCAGAAAUAUUGGUUGGGGAUGGACUGGUAUAAUUUGGUUGUACAAUGUUAUCAUUUACAUACUCCUUGAUCCCAUCAAAUUUGCUGUCCGUUAUGCUCUCAGUGGACAGGCAUGGGGUUUGGUAGUAGAUCAAAGAACUGCAUUUACCAGCAAAAAUGACUUUGGAAAGGAAGCUCGUGAGGCUGCAUGGGCAACUGAACAGCGAAUACUACAUGGACUCCAAUCAGUUGACAGAAAAAUGUUUUCGGAGAGGAACACUUUUAGGGACAUUAAUCUCAUGGCAGAAGAAGCUAAAAGGCGGGCAGAGAUUGCAAGGUUGAGGGAGCUUCACACUCUCAAAGGCAAGGUUGAGUCAUUUGCCAAGCUUAAGGGUUUAGAUAUCGACGCCAUUAACCAACACUACACUGUCUAACUGCUGUGAUCUGGAUAGUGAUCCCAUUCACAUUCUCCUUUAUACAUA